CGAGAACUGCCGAGAAUUUACGAUUGCGAAAGUCCCCAAUGCUAAAAAUAACGCUUUGGAAAUAACCUAGCCUUUCCGUCACUCCUGAAAUCGAGUAAGCAGUUGAAAAGAUUGUAAUCCAUCCAGAAUGCUUUCAACAAUGAACAUACUGAAUAUACAUGAUCACCAUAGGGGAUAUGAUGAGAUACCACAGCAUCCUUUAGACCGAUUAGAACCUCUGAGAAAUAGUGAAACCAGAAGAAGAACCACUUUUGAUACAUGGCCAAGAGAUGCAUCAAUCGGUUGUAAUGAUUUGAUUAAAGAUGGAUUUUAUUACUUAGGAGUGAGUGAUAAAGUUCAGUGUGCGUAUUGUGGGGGAGUAUUAAGUGGGUGGGAGAGUGGUGAUAGUGUUCAUGACCAACAUAAAAGACAUUUUGGGAAUUGUGAAAAGGUGAGGGAUGAUAUUGUGUCGAGUGAUGAUGAAAAUGACCUUGAGACUGAUGGUAUUGGAUAUUUUGAUGAGAGUGACAAACAAGAUUAUGCACCACAAGAUUCACAUGUUCAUCAACCACAUGAUUUUGGAUGUCUGAAUGAGCAAAAAGAUCUGGUGGAAAAAUCUACACCUGUGCCAACGGUUUAUAAUCCAAAGUUUUCCUUGUACAAUAAAAGAUUGGAAAGUUAUGUAAAUUGGCCAAGUGAUCAUCAUCUAAAACCUGAUGAACUAGCAACUGCAGGACUAUACUACAAAGAUUCAGGGGAUAAAUGCCAAUGUUUCUUGUGUGGUGGCAUACUAGAAGAAUGGGAUGAGGGAGAUAUAGCAAAAGCAGAGCACAAGAAAUGGUUUCCAAAGUGUUAUAACAGCAUUGAGUAUGAGUGAAGAAAUUAGUUACAACUAAGUCUCAUAAUCUACCAUUAUAACAUUACAUUUGGAUUCAUUAUUAUUUAAGGAAUGACUAAUAUUUUUCUGUCUAUGAAGAAAUAACAUCAAAAAUGUUGUGUACACAUUAUAACCGGCAUAGCGGGUUAUUUUAAAGUGUACACCAUAUUUUUAUGCCCAAUUUAUGGGCAUUAUGUUUUCUGGUCUGUGCCUCGGUCUGUUCAUUCGUCCGUCUGUCUAUCCGGUUUCACAUGUUUCAGGUUAAAGAGGGUGGUAAAGGGUUAUUUUCGUGCAACUUGAUCACUGUUUUUAAUUUUUUAUUUGACGUUCAGUCGUGCAAGACGGGUGCCUCGUUCAAUGUGUUCUGCUUAUUUAAUUUUACGUGCAUCGUGAUUUUCAAAGUCUUAUUUUGCGUGCUUGCUAUUUUUCAAAUAACAUUUAAACACUUGGUAGGGAUUGUCAAGAAAUACUUUUUUAAAAGAUGUAAACCAAUUAUAUCAUAAAUGUGCAUACUAAAUCGGGAAUAUCAAGUAAAAUAAAGAGUAAAUAUAUACAAGAAGACAGUGACAUAGUCACAAAAGGUUCACAUAAAAGUAUUUAUUUUUCGUGCAACGUUCAUUACAGAAAUUAUUUCACGUUCAACGUGAAAUUAUGUCUUAUUUCACGUUUUUUUUGUGCAAGCACUCCCCCUUUACCACCCUCAUUAAAGUUUUGGUUAAAUUUUUGGUUGAGGUAGUUUUUGAUGAAGUUGAAGUCCAAAUCAACUUGAAACUUCGUCAACAUGUUCCUUAUGAUAUGAUCAUUCUAGUUUUAAUGCCAAAUUAGACAUUUUAUUAAAUUUUCACGAUCCAAUGAACACAGAAAAUGAAAGUGCGGAUGGGGGCAUCUGUGUACUUUUGUUUAUGUUAUUUUGAAUAAACAGAAAAAUAUUAGUCAUUUCUUAUAAUUUAAUUCUUUAUUCCAUUCUAAACUUGAGUAAACAAUGAAAAAUAUGUUGAUGACAUCACAGUCACAUGACAAAAUUAUGUCUAUGAGCUGAUAUACAAAACAACAUCAGCCAAUCAGCAGACACUUUCUUUCCCAAAUUAAAUUAUUGUGGGAUAACAAUUUACAUGGAUUUCUCAGGUUUAUGAAAACCACUGAUUUUUAUAUCCAAGGAAGCAUAAAUUUCUAUCAUCAUGUAUGCAGACUUUGGCAAAUGUAUCAAUUCAAAUGUUCAUGAAAAAUGCAAUUUUUGGAUCCAAAAAAAGUAUGAAUCCACAGUCAUGACAGUUAUUAAAGGUUGACAAAGUACAGAAUUUUGAUCAUUGUACCGUAAAAAGAAAUUUAGUAAUACGACUAACCCCCCUUUUGGAUUGAAUAUCAAAUUCCAUUUGGAUGUGACUGAGUGAGAAAUUCAUAGUAACAUCUGUAGAUCUUCUGGCAAUAGCAAUGACUUUUAUAUUUGGGAACUGUCACCUCUGGCAUAUUUUUCUUAAAAGAUAUUGAAAAACAAAUUUUACAAUAUGCUAAGCUUUAUUUUUUUCGAAAGAGACUUGUAAUUAAAUUAAGCAUAAACAUUUACCAAUAUGUCAUCAGUUCCUUGAAUUGGAUUUUUUUAAAAAGAUAUAUGACAAACACAAUCAUUGAUAAGAUUCCUGACAUGGGACAUGCACAUAUUUGUCUUUGAGUGUCUCUUUCAGUAGUUGUAUUUAAUGGUUGUAGUGUGUUCUUGUAUGAUUGUGACUAUGUUUACAUUUCAUAUAGUGGUUUAAGUACAUUUAGUGUGCCUUUAUAUAUAAGGGGUCAUCCAUAAUUGUCAACCAUUUUCCAAAGUGUACAAAACAUACACUUUUCAGUUUUGGCUUAAUUACUUUUUUGAUCUGAGCAUCACUGAUAUGUCUUAUGUAGACGCAACGCGGGUCUGGCAUAUUAAAUUAUAAUCCUGGUACCUUUAAUAACUAAUUUCAUACUCCCCAACAUCCCUCAAAAAGUGUAUAUCAACCAUUUUCCAGAUUUCAAGACAAGAAUAAUUUAUUCAUAAUGAAAAGAAGAUUAUAUCUAUUAUAUUUUUUUUAAUAUAGAAAUUUGCAUCGAAAUGAACUGAAAUACAAAUGUUUCUUAGAUAUAUAUUCCGGAAAUUGAUUUAAAAAAAAAGCGUAUGGUAAAAUUGUUGAUUUUUUUUACCACCUUCCAAGUGUACGUUUUGUACACUUUGGAAUGUAAAUGUAUUCAUCCUCUUUUGGUAAUCUUAAGUUUUGAAUCAGCAUUUUAUUCCUUUCAUUUUAUGUUUUACCUGAAGAAAUGCUGAGGCAUUGAAUAUAAUUGUGUAAUACAUUUUAAAAUUUUUGAUAGUUGUUCAUAUUAUAUAAACAUAGUAAACCUAGACUUAAAUUACUUUGAAAACUUUAUAGAUUUUCUUCUGUCUGUAGCUUAAACAUGGUAUUGCUUUUCUUCCAUAUUGUAACAUAUUAACCUCAAUUUUAUAUCAGGUAGGUCAAUUUUUCUUCAUUUAGUACCAGCAUUUCUGUAAUGAAAUCAUUAUAAUUUCCAUCUUUGCUAGCAAAGGCUUGUGAAGGAGGGGACUUGGUCGUAACUCUUGGCUAGCAAAGAUGAGUCAUUUCCAACUAUUAAAUCGUUUCAUGCUUAUUAUGUUACAACCAUACGCAUGUGAUAUGUCAUGUGUUUGCUGAUUAUUUUGUUAAAGUGAUAAUUUUUUAUGUUGAUAAUUGUGUCAGAUUUUUGCCAAAUUGAGAAAAGAUUAUGCCUCAUUAUUAUACAACAUUAAUGAUUUGCAGCAUAAGUAAGGACAACACACAAAUAUUUUGGAUGUUCAGCUAUUCAUUAUGGAUAUUUCUUGAAGAAAGUAAUUUUUUAGUAAGCUUUCACAACUGUUUAAAGCAACAGUUAAUAUGGUGAAGGAAAAAUAAAUGCUUGAUCUGAAGUCUUAGUAUUUCUGAUUUAUACUAUGGGUUUUCAGAUGAAGAUGACAUAGGUCAAAGUUUAGGACUAUAAGUAUGAGCUCCUUAACAUACUUCUUUCCAAAUAAUCUAGCAUUGAAUUUUCUCAUCUUGUUUUAUUAUCUUUAUUAAAGAUGUAGUCAUGAAGCCGUAACUUAAAUAUAGCAAAUAUAAACUUCAUUUGAAAUUAAUUUGUCUCUCAUUUAUAAAAUCAUGAACAUCAACAAAUUAAUUGGAAUCAUUUGAACAAGAAGAUGAUAACCUAGAAUCCUAUACACGAAUUUUCUUUUAGCAUGUGUUUAGAAAUAUAUAUAAAGAAUAGCUAUGCAUUCGUAAAUAUUAAUGUUCCUGCAUGUUCACUGUGGUCUAUAUUUGUGUCAUUCAAAAUUAUAAAUUUACAAACAUAACAAACUAAAGGAGGAUCAUUGUAGUUAUCCUACCUUUUAUAGAUAUCAAAGAAUUCGAUUGGUUGUUCAAUGUCACAUGCUGACCGUGUACUAGUAUAUUUGAUAAUACAGUGUAUACAAUAGUUAAUGUUAUAAGAUCUGUUAAGUAUUCAAAGUAAGUAAAAGAUAAAUAGAUACUCAUGUGUUUUUCAUAGUAUCUGUCAGUGGAAUAUAAAUAUUACAUAGUUCAUUUUUGACCUAAUAGCAAAGUGUUCUCUUGAAUUCCAAGAUUUACAGAAAAUGUAUUGACCUUUUGACAUAAAAGGCAUUACACAUUUCUUUUGAGUUUAAAUUGCAAAUAUUGAACAUAAUUGUGGUUCUUUGAUCUUAUUUAUUAAAUAUAAUUGAUCUGACCUGGAAAUAUUUCAACAAAAUAACUGUUACACCGACAUAAUGCUAUCUUUAUAUGGAGAUUCAAGCUACACAUUUACAAAAUAUGGAAUAAAAUGAGGUUGUUUAUACCUUAUUAGGUCAUAGUGGAUUGUGUAAUAUAUUGGUUAUGAGACAUUCAAAACUAGUUAGCUUCAAGCAAAAAAUAUAGAUAAAAUGCCCAAAGGGAAAUCUUUAAAGUAUUUCAGAUCUGUAUGUACAGUAACAAUUGUUUUCCUUAUCAAACAAUAAUUUCAAGAUAAAGAAGUAUUUGGUAUCGUCAUUUAUAUUACUUUUCAUUGUAAUUAAACAUAAGACUUGCCGAUUUUAGUUAAUAUACAUGUAGUUGGAAAAGCAAAAGGUUAGAAGUAAAAGAAUUGGUCCAUGGUGCAAUACCUAUUUGUGAAAGGUACUACACAUAUUUGUGAAAUACAGAAAUAGAGAACUGCAUAUUUCAUCGUAUUAAAAGGUCUGUUGAAAAAGGUUAAAUCCAAAUGACAUAAAGAUGACAUUUUAUGCAAAUAUUUGGCCUUUUGAACCUUUCUUUAUUUUUUGUUUUAUCCUUCAAUUACAACAAAACAUGUACUUUGUCAAAAUUGAUUUCCAAAAAGGUUAAUUAUUAUAUGCAUAAAAGAAGAUUUGGGAUUAAGUUCUGUUGUUUCAUUUUUAGGAUCUUCCCUGGGUAUUUUAUCGUAAAAAAAUCAUGAUGUGAAAUAUUUUAUUUAGUAUUUGAUCUUUAAAUUUAGACCUAUUGAUAACCUGAAAGGUAUACUAUGUUAAUUACUGAAUUUGUUUUAUUUAUAUUUCUUUCUGUUUUAAUUUUUGUUUUGAAUAAAUAUAUUUGAUUAA